AUGGCCAACGUCUACCACAACGAUCUCCUCGCCCCCUACCUCGCCCUCCCCCAAGGCGACAAGGUCCAAGCUGAAUAUGUUUGGAUCGAUGGUGACGGUGGUCUUCGUUCGAAAACCACUACUGUGAGCAAGAAGGUCACCGAUAUCGGCCAACUUCGCAUCUGGGACUUUGAUGGAUCAUCCACCAAUCAAGCCCCAGGCAAUGACUCCGACGUCUACCUCCGCCCAGCUGCCAUCUUCAAGGACCCAUUCCGUGGCGGCGACAACAUCCUCGUCCUCGCCGAGACCUACAACAACGACGGCACACCAAACCGAACCAACUACCGUCACCAUGCCAAGAAGAUUAUGGAUCAGGUGAAGGAUGAGGAGCCGUGGUUCGGUAUUGAGCAGGAGUACACACUCUUUGACGUCGACGGGUCUCCUUACGGAUGGCCGAAAGGCGGCUUCCCGGGCCCCCAAGGUCCUUAUUACUGCGGCGCUGGCACUGGAAAAGUCUUCGCUCGUGAUCUCAUCGAAGCCCACUACCGUGCCUGCUUGUAUUCAGGUGUCAACAUUUCUGGUAUCAACGCCGAAGUCAUGCCAUCGCAGUGGGAGUUCCAAGUUGGCCCUUGUGAGGGCAUCUCCAUGGGUGACCAUCUCUGGAUGGCCCGCUACCUCCUUGUUCGCAUUGCCGAGCAAUGGGGUGUCAAAGUCUCCUUCCACCCCAAGCCGCUCCAAGGCGACUGGAAUGGAGCCGGCGCCCACACCAACUACUCCACGAAGGCUAUGCGGGAGCCCGGAGGAAUGAAGCAUAUCGAAGCCGCCAUUGAGAAGCUGUCACAUAAGCACGACGAGCAUAUCGCCGUGUAUGGAGAGGACAACGACAUGCGAUUGACCGGUCGACAUGAAACCGGCCACAUUGGUGCCUUCAGCUCCGGUGUUGCCAACCGUGGCGCUUCCAUUCGUGUACCAAGACAUGUUGCGGCUCAAGGUUUCGGCUACUUGGAGGACAGACGUCCAGCUUCUAACAUCGACCCCUAUCGUGUCACCGGCAUCGUCGUUGAGACCACCCUCCUCGGAUAA